CCGUGAGCUACAUGCUAAAGGAAGCUAAUCUCACUGAUAAGCUAUUCUGUUCUUUAAAUAUAAUGUAUGUAAUAUUAUAUUAGCGACGUUCUCUUCUGAUGUUUAUCAGAGAGUAAAAAUAAUGUAAAGCACGAAGAGAAGAAGCUUCUUAAUGUCAAUGAACUGCAUUCUUUGAACUGAGCGACACCGGUUAGCUUCACCUGCAGCUGAUGAUGAUGAUGAUGAUGGAGGACACGAAGUGUAACAGCACAAUGUGGCACAUGUCACGUGUCCUUGUCACUCAGAGGUCACACCAUCGUCUCCAGAGGACACGCGGCCCCUGCUCCUCUGGUCCCCAUGUCCACUAGUCCCAUGGUGGUCUGGGCCUCUAGUAAUAAUAAUAAUCAUUUAUUUUAUAUAGCGCUUCUCAAGUCACCCGAAGUCUCUUUACAGUCCAGAGUCCAGUAGUCACACACACACACACAGUCAUCCCGGUGGUGGAGCUCCAUCAGGAGCCACAGCUGCCCUGACGGAAGCGUGGCAGCCAAUCAGCGCCUACGGCCCCUCCCCCAAUCAGCGCCUAAGGCCCCUCCCCCACCACCAACAUUCAUUCACAUCCAUACGAACCGGCGUGAGGCUGCGGUGCAUGUCUUUAUGGUGGUGGGGGGAACCGGAGGAAACCCACGCAGACACGAGGAGAACACGAGGAGAACACGAGGAGAACACGCUCCACACAGAAAGGACCUGGAACGACCGGGAUUCGAACCCAGGGCCUUCUUGCUGUGAUCGUCAUGCAGCUGGCCAAGCCGGUGAUGAGGCGGCUGCUGAGCAAGCGCCUGAGGUUCCACCUGCCCGUCGCCUUCGCCCUGUCGCUGGUGACCGCCAUCGCUUUCAAGUACGCAGUGACGGAGCCCAGGAAACAGGCCUACGCCGACUUCUACAAGCAUUACGACGCCACCAAGGAGUUCAACGCCAUGAAGGAGGCCGGCGUCUUCCAGAGCGUGCGGCCAUCUGGGGAGUAAAGCCUGCCUCUUCGUCCCCGUCGCCGCUUCCUGUCCGAGGAUGAAGUCUGUUUGGUUCCUCUGAAUAAAAUAUUAUUACUGUAAA